AUGAGAGAGAGAGAGAGAGAGAGAGAGAAGAGGGCAGUCGAGAGCAGCAGGGAGAGAGGGAAAAUCCACUAAUCCCCCACCCCAGCUCUCUCAGAAUCCGCCAUUCCCCUCCGCCGCAAACCCGCGUCGGAGCUCGUGGCGAGCGCCGCCACCCCGCACUCGGCUGCGGGGCCUCCGGCCCCUUCGAUCUGGAGCCGGCGGCCGCGAUCCCGCCGCGGGUCUCCCCGCGGCCGCCGCGAAUUGGGUUUGUGUUGACGUUACCGGUGGGCGGAGGCGUUUUGAUCCUGUAGCUGCCGGGUUGAGUAGAUGGCGGGCAAGGAGCAGGGCGGCCCUCCGCCGCCGCAGAGGCCUCCCGUGCCCGCUGCGUCCAUGCAGCCGCCGAUUAAGAAGCUAGUAAGGCAGCUCGAUUUCAACUCGGCGGCGUUGGCGGGGAACCCCGCGAUGGCGGCGGCGGCCGCCGCCGUUUCUAGGGCUCUGCAGCCGAGGGCGUUGCCCGUGGGGUUCCAGCAUCCGCAGCACGUGAGGGCUGCCAUGCCUAUGGGGAUGCCGCAGCAGCUGCACCAGCGGAUUCUGCCGGUGAUGCGCCCGCACCAGGUGGUGGGGCAUGUGCCGCUGCCGCGGCACGCGGUGCCGAUGGCGGUCCCUGUACCGCAGCUUCGUCCGAUGCCGCCGCAACCAGUCCAGCGUCCCCCGGUCGCGGUUCCCUUGAAACCAGAGUCACCAAAACCACGAGCAAGACUCUAUGAAGGAAAAGAUAGCACUCCCACGAAGAAGAAGUGCUGCAAUUGCAGGAACUCCAGAUGUUUGAAGUUGUACUGUGAAUGCUUCGCUUCUGGUACUCACUGUGAUGGGUGCAACUGCACCAACUGUUUUAAUAAUCCUGAGAAUGAGGUUGCCAGGCGUGAAGCUAUUGAAGCUACAUUGGAGCGUAAUCCAGAUGCUUUCAGGCCUAAGAUUGGGAGCAGCCCACAUACGAAUAGGAAUAAUGAGGUGUCUAGUGAUCUCCCUUUAGUAGGGAAGCAUAAUAAAGGGUGCCACUGCAAGAAGUCAGGAUGCCUCAAGAAGUACUGUGAGUGCUUCCAAGCUAAUAUACUAUGCUCUGAAAAUUGCAAGUGUAUGGAUUGCAAGAAUUUUGAAGGAAGUGAAGAGAGAAGAAAUCUUUUCCAAGGGGAUCACAAAAAUGCAAUUAACAUGCAGCAGGCGACAAAUGCAGCUGUAAAUGGUGCUAUUGGAGCUACAGGAUUCCCUUCUCCUUCCACAUCAAGGAAGAGGAAACAUAUUGAUCCUUCACUUGAUAAUUCAAAUAAGGAACAUGUAGCGCACAGGAAUUAUCACAUAUCUCAGAAAAAUGCAGUACCUGAUGGUCCAAUUCCAAUAAGCCAGUCUGCACAUCCUCCAAAUCUGGGCCCCUUUAAAGUUACCUACAGGCCCCUUUUAGCAGACAUUGUGCAAGAAGAGGACAUAAAGGAGCUAUGCAAGCUUUUAGUGGUGGUAUCAGGAGAGGCUGCAAAAACAUAUGCUGGCCGGAAAACGAUGGAAGAGAGGGUUGGCGAGAAGGAAGAUGAAAGGGGAGGACAGAAGGAAGAUGACAGGGCAGGUUCCCUAGCAUUGACAAACCAUGACAGAGAAGGAAAUAAUCAAGAUCCAGAUCAAAAAGCAUCAAUUGAUGACCAUUCAAGCAGAGGAACUCACACGGGCAAAGCUAUUCUAGAAGAAUCCAGACCUAACUGCGCUGAUGAUCAGAAGUCCAAUAGACCUAUGUCUCCUGGAACACUGGCACUGUUGUGUGACGAAGAAGUGAAAAUGUGUGACGAACAAGAUACAGUGUUUACGACUUCUCAAAAUGCUGUUCCUCAGCAGACAAUAACUGUCAACCAAAACCAAUCUGCACUGUAUGCAGAACAAGAAAGAGUUGUGCUGACAGAAUUCCGUGAUUGCCUCCGCAAGUUUGUGGAACGCGGAAGAAAUAAAGAGAGAAGAUACUCCUCCAUGGCAAUCGAAUCUGAAACAUCUGCCAAUCCUGGACAGGUAAAUGGUGUUUCUCAAGUACCAUAUUCGAAAGUAGAUGUACCUGUUGUAAAAACAUAUCCGCAGAGUUCCAGCAGUAAUGCUGGAAAACCUGUUACUGGCUUUUUGGACAAAAACUGAAGCCUGGGCGUUCCAGGUUUGUACUCAGGGUGUUACAAUGAUCAAGGGAAUCGUGUUUUCACCCCUUUAACAUGUCGAUCAGAUACCUGUAUCAGUCUUGAUAGAUAUAAUUUAUAUUUUAGAGAAUUCCAAUCUAUUCUCAUUGGUCAGAAUAAGUGUAAUGCUGGAAUCUGGUUAGUUAGUUUAGUCAUUCAACCUUGUCGUAUUUUCUA